GUUAUUGGCAGAACAGGAUUUAAAAACGAGAUUAUACGACCUGAAAUUUGAGGAUAAUUUAUUAAAAUGUAGGGAUAAUAGAAUAAAAAAAAUUGAUAAUUAUGGCUCUACCGUAUAUGAUAAGUUGCAAAAAAGUUGUUCAAAUGAUUUGAAAAAUUAUAAAAAAGAAUUUAAGCGUAAAUAUUCUAAAAGGAAGGAUUUAAUAAGACUAGAUUGUUAUUGUGAAAAAAAUAUAUUUGAUAUGAUUGAUAGAAUUGGUGAACAGCAAGUAGGGACUAGUAGAUAUAACAUAAAAUUAAAAAAAGUAUA